GUGCCUGCAAAAGCAAAAGGAGCGCAAGUAUAACUAAUAAAGAAGAGAGAAAAGGAUAAGAAAAUCGUAUUGCCAACUGAACAAACAUUUUCUUCUUCUAACCCAAAUCCAAAUGAGCUUCUUCACUCUCUUUCUCCACCUCUCUCACAAGCACUAUCCGCUUUGUUCAUGCAAGAUCUAAACAACUCACAAUCAAGGAAGCCUUGGUACCAAAGAGCAAUGCAAAUGGCCGCACAGUGGAGGCCCUUUCCAAUAUCUGCUGAGAUUUCUACAACAAAUGGCUCGAUUUGGAAAACAACUUCGAAAACAAUAGAAACUUCGACAGCAAAUUCCAAUAAACAGAAGCUCAGAAAAUGCAAAUCUGUAAGAUUGGCAACUUCGUUUACACGAGCUUGUUUAUGUGCUCCAAUCUCUUCUUACCAAGAAGUUUCUCAAACUGAUUUUGCACCAAGAAGAAGUUACAGUUAUCCAAGAUCUUCUUCGAACACUUUUCCAGCCAUCUCACAAGAGAGAACCCCGAGUGCAAGAAUGAGCAUGGAAGGAAGGAGAAUUUUUCGCGGAAAAUCUUUGACAGAUGAUGUUCUAAUGAGGAGAUUUGUUAUUGAAGAAGAAGCAAUGAUGCAAGUUAGAAGAAGGAAUGAGAUGGAAAUUAUUAGGAAGAGAAGUGCUAUGAGAAGAAAAAAACUUGGGCCUAGUCCCUUAAGUAAAAUGGUUGUUUUAGUCGAGAGUGAGGAGGAGGAACAAUGUCAAGAGCAUUAAAGAAGAAAAGUAAAUGUGUGUAGUUUCUUCCACUUUUAUCUUUAGAAUUUACUUGUGGAUUGUGUCUUUAAUUUUAUGGGUGAUUGUUUGCCAUUUUUUAUUUUUUUUUCAGUAAUCAAAAUGUACAAGUUAAUGGCAAUGAACUUUUGGGACUGUUUUCUUU